AUGUUUGAGCGACAAUCCUUUCUCACCUAUCCCUAUACCCAUAUUUUUAGGAAUAAAGCAGUUUUGGAAAAUAAACGCACAGAUGCCACCAACAAUAAAAAAAAACACAAGGCUUGGGAGGACAUUGAAUGCUUGUUCAAUAAAAAUAGUGAUGGGCCAAAGAAAACCAGCCAUCAAUUAAAAAUUCUUUAUUUAAAUUUAAAAAGAAAUACCAGAAAAAAUAUGGCUGGAAUAAAUAAAGAAGAAUAUUUACAAAAAAUCAAGAAACAGGCAUCAGAGGACAAAAAGGAACUUUAUAAAACAGGUGGAGGGAGUUAUACUCCAAAGUUGUCUGAUGACGGAGCAAGGAUGCUUGCUCUUCUAAAAGAGGAGAUGAAGCCGGACCAAAAUACCUUUGAUGAUGGCGCAGAAUGGUUUGGUAUGAUUAUUUUGUAUAGUACAAACCAAAUCAAUUGCCCUUAA